AUGUCGGGUGUUUGGGUGUUCAAGAGUGGUGUGGUUAAGCUAUUGGACAAGGACAACCCAGGUGCUGACCCCUUGCAAGGUCCAACUCAUGGCAAGGUGCUGGUGCACCCAUCCACGAACCAAGUGGUCACUUCAUACGAGAUUCUUGAAGGAAUCCUAACAUCUAUAGGAUGGGAAAGGUGGUAUGAUGAUCCUAAUUAUAUUCAGUUUCAUAAAACAACGACAAUUCACCUCAUAUCUCUCCCAAAGGACUUCAAGAAGUUCAAGUCAAUGCACAUCAAUGAUAUCAUGGUCAAGAAUCCUAAUGAAUUUGAAGUAAGGGAUGCUCAAUAA